AUGGAGAGUUCUCGGCUGUACCUUCUCACGCUGCUGAGCGCCGCUCUGCUCUUCAACUCCAACUGCCAGGAAUCCGAGCUGCAGGCCCGAUCCGUGGAUCAUUACUCAGUUAAAGAGGAUUCCUCUCAAGAAAAAGAGCUGAUUGAAGCCUUGCAGGAAGUUCUGGAAAAACUGAAGAGCAAACGGAUGCCAACCUACGAGAAAAAGUUUGGAAUGGUCCCGAUGUGUGACGCUGGGGAGCAAUGUGCUGUUAGGAAAGGAGCCAGAAUUGGAAAACUCUGUGACUGCCCCAGAGGAACCUUCUGCAACUCAUUCCUCUUGAAGUGUUUGUAGAGGAAAAUGACCAGAUCUGGGCAUUUGCAACACAUUAUCAUUUCAACAGUAUUUAAAUACUUGAAAUUAAUCUGGCCAAUAAAACAUAAUCUAUUUACCAAAAAAGAAUGGUGAAAUGCAUGGACAUGCAAUUCUACAGUCUUGUAGAUGGUGUGUGGGAGAUAGUAAAAUAUGUUUCCACCUUUGCUAUGGCACUGUUGUGUACAAUUAUGUCUUUUUUCUUAUGGUGAAAAGUAGUUUCUGCCUGUACCAGUUAAUGAGUUACGGAUAUUUCACAAUAUACU